GCAUCGGUCAAGUCCAUCAAAACGGACACUGUCAUAGUCAGUUAUGGCAAUGAUACGAAAAACGACGAGGUGAAAUUCGAAGACUGCCGUUUACCACCUCGUUCCACUAAGACCGAAGUGUUAAAAGUAGGGGAUGUUGUGGAGGCAUUGAUGAAACAGGACGGUGAUGCUAUCUUUGGUUGGCAAAAAGCUAAAAUCAAAGAAUUGAGGGGUGACUUAGCAGCAAUCGAAAGCGUUGAAGGCCCUCAUCGCAUGGACAUUGUAUCAUCGGAGCAUAUACGUACGUUACCUGUGAAGUGCACUCCGCUGAAGCAGAGUCAAUUUAAACAUGCCAAGAUACAUGUUCCAGAUGAUCUUCGUAACUACUUCAGACGCCCCAAAUCAUAUGCUGACUUUGCUGCUACCGUCAAAAGUGUAUUUGUGGAAUAUGAUGAGAAGAAUGGGGAUCUUUUGCUCUCCACAUUCGAAGAACAAGCAGUCAAGCGUGCUACUAUUCUCUCAGAUAUGUAUUUCAAGGAUUCUCGCCAAAAAAUGCAACUUCUUCAACGCCAGGAGGAAGCUGCUCGUUACCUAGAGAAUUCAGCUCUUAAUACAUGGGCUCACGUAGAAGAAUUUGCUGUGCCGUUUGAUUUGAUGGGUCUUGCUAUAGGUUCUCACGGAGCAAAUAUCCAAAGUGCACGCGAAAUUGAAGGCGUUGAAGAUAUUCAACUAGUGGAGAGCAGCGAUGGUCAUACUCCCGUACUCUUUAAAGUUUUCGCUCAAAAUCCUGAAGCUGCCGCCGCAGCUCGUUCCCAACUCGAAUAUGCUGUGGAAUCGUUUGAUGUACCUCGUGGAAUGGUUGGGAAAGUUAUUGGUAAAUCUGGCAAGACUAUUCAGGAUAUUGUCGAUAAAUCUGGUGUGGUACGCGUGCAAAUUGAGGGUGGCGAUGAUCGAAAUCGAGUCGAAGAGAAUGCUGAUAAACCUGUUCCAUUUGUGUUCACUGGCACCAAGGAUUCGAUUUCAAUGGCAAUUCUAUUAAUUGAAUAUCAUUUGCGUCAUCUGAAGGAGAUGGAAGAGAUGCGGCUUAGUGUGGAUGAAAUGCAGCGACAAAUCUAUUCCAGGUCAACCCCUCCUCCUGGUGGAAUGAAUGGCAAUGGUUAUCGUUUUGAACGUGGUGGAUAUGAAGGUGGAAACUUUGGUGGUGGGCGUGGUGCACCGUAUAGAGGACGUGGACGUGGUGGUUCGUUCCGUGGUGGCUUUCGUCAAAAUAGAGGUGGUGGAGAUCAAGAUGAGCGACGCCGUAUUGUUGAUGAUGAGAAGGGAGGUGAGAAAGAAGAAAGUGCUGAGAGAGAAACUCGUCGUAGCGCCGUUGGUCGCGGUCGUGGAGGACCACGACGUGGAGAAUUGAAGUUGCAACUGAUUUUGAGUAGUGUAAAAUAUAUGAGUAUGAAUAUCCUUCAUAACUUUUCACCGUUCUCAGGGCGAGGUCAUCCAGGACAGGCAGUAAAUGGUAGUGGGUAA